CUUAUAAAAUCGCAAUGCACCGCACGCAUCUACCUUUAUUUUUUCUCAGUAGGUUUCUAGACUGUGGUUCAUUUGACAACUCUCAAUGUUAAUUAACAAUAAACAACUUAGGUUUAAUUUGUCAAAAUAGGUAUAGUAGUGGGAGUACACAAUACAUUUUAUUAUUACGUACUAAUACAACUUAUGUAUGAAAGUUUCUUAUUUGAGAUAAAGAAUAAAAACUGCAACCAUGAAUUAUAAGGAUCGAUGUAGAACAUGCUUAGGCAGUGGCAAAGAAAUGCGACAUGUUCAUAAUAUUGUGUCGAUAACCGGAGAAAAUGUUCGCUUAUCCGAUAUUUUAGAGAAUUUUUAUAACUAUAAGAUCCCAUCGAACGAUUUGCUACCCGACCAAAUAUGCAUUAAUUGUGUUCAUCAACUAACUAUAACCUACUCUUUUAAAAUACUUAUAAAAUCUAGUGAAAAAACAUUGUCUGAUAGUUUAAAUCUCACCGAUUCAACAAGUGACAAUUAUGACGCAAGUUUUGAUUCAGACGACCUCAAACCCAUCAAAGAAUCUCAUAAAUCUCACAGAAACAGAAUUAUUAAUAUGGAGAGAAGAGUAUCAAAAUUAGAGGACUCUCUAAUAUUCUGUGUAGAAUGUAAGGCUGAAUUCCAUUCUGUUAAAUAUUUAAAUGAACACUGCCGUAAUAGUCAUCCUAUAAAAUGCACAAUUGGUCGGGAUUGUGAUUUUUGUCACGAAAAGUUUGAAGAUUUUCGGUCAUUAGUAUUACAUAGAAAAUUGCAUUUAAGGCCAUUUGUUUGUGAAAACUGCUGGGAGGGAUUUUACAGUGCAAUGGAGCUGAAUAAUCAUUCCUGUCAACCAAAUUUAGACAAAAAGGACAAAAAUACGUCUGAAAAAGUGCUACGGCAGUGUGAUCAGUGUGGUAAAUCAUAUCCUCCUGGCUACAUCAGGAUUCAUAUGCUAACGCACAGUAGCGAUCGGCCAUACAGUUGUAAAUAUUGUCCAAAAAAAUUUAAAGUUCCUGGAAGUUUACAUUCACAUAUUCUAUGGAAUCACAAAAGGACACGAAACCACAAAUGCGAGGUCUGCAAUGCUACAUUCAUAUCCUCCAGCUCUAGAAGUUCACAUAUACGUAAAAAUCACUUAAAAGAGAAAAAAUACGGUUGUGAAAGCUGCGGCAAACGUUUCUUCUCAAAGUCCGAGUUACAGAGACAUUCGUUAACUCACACCGGCGUCAAGAACUUCCACUGCCACAUGUGUGAUAAAUCAUAUCAAACGAGGUACGGAUUGAACGUCCACUUGAAGUCGCACACACAAAUGUCUAUGAAUGUGUUAAGUUGUAACAUGUAGUCUUAAAUCUUAAUCUUAAACACAGCUAUCAAUAGUGAUCUCACUUACUCAAGUAAAUAAUUUAUUCAACAA